AUGGCGUCUUUUUGCGAUUUGCUGUCAACUGGAUUGAUUGAGAAAGAUGAAAGUGGAGAUGUUUUAUGGACUUGGUCCUACCCAUCAGUUAGCAGUCAGCAAAGGGAUUUCUUUAUUCACAAGUCUGGACUAGAGAAAGAUUCUACACAUCAAGUUCAGUUUAUUUACAGUCGAUGGCAACAUUCUUGGUUUUACAUUCUCAGUACAGCCUUAGAUGAUGUUGAUACACCUUUAGAUAAAGUAAACGUAGUGUCACUAGUUUUAGUUACUAAAGACUUUAAUCCUGAGAGAUAUGAAACGUUAUGUAAAUUAUUUUCACAACUAUAUAUACAAACUGGAAAUCCAGCUAAAAUCUUAGAGAAUUACCUGUCAGUUAUGACCAGAGGUGUUUGCGUAAAUGGAGAAAAUGGUAAAUUUAGCUUAAAAGAGUUUGAUACCAAACAGGCUUAUGGUAAAAGCCAAGUCAGAACUGUGAUAGAAACAUUUGGUGUAGAAACAAUAUUAAUAUAUACAGCCUUAAUGUUAAAAAAGAGAAUAGUAGUUUAUGGUCCAGCACAUUCCUUAAUUGAUUUAUUAGCAUUCACUAGGGCACUACCCUCCUUAGUGUGGCAUCGACAGAACUGGGAAAUACUUUACCCCUUUUUAGAAUUAAGAGAUGAAGAAAUAAAUUUUAUCAAGUCUUCUAGUCAUUAUAUUGCUGGCUUUGUAGAAGCUUCUGUUGAGGGAAGAAAUGAUCUAUAUGAUGUAUUUGUAAAUAUGAGUUCUGGUCAAAUUACUGUUGCUCCACAAGCAAAAGAGGCUCUAGCUAUGGGUAAAUUACAUAAAGACAUUGCUAUGGUAAUGGUCAAAUCUACAGAAGAUGACAAUAAUACAAAUCAAGAUAUUAUAAAGGAGAUUGCUAAUAAAACUAAAGAGUUAUUAAACAAUUUAAAAUCAUUGUGUAUUGAAGACGAAGAACACAAAUCUUAUAUCACAUUAGAAAGUUUACGUGAAAGAAAAAUGCCUCCUGCUACAGAAAACUUUUUAUUUAGUUUAGCAGCUUGUGAAGGCAUGGUUAAAUUAUAGUGUAUCAAGUCCUAAAUUCCACUAUAUAAAUCUGAACUGGUAUUUUAUAUUAUGAACUUGUAAAAAUUAUGGUUAAACUAUAGUGUAAAUUGAAUUUAGAAAUGAGCUGAAAAAAUUGAUAGGACAGAGCCUUAGAACAUCAACUGGGGAACUGAACAAUUCUACUUGCCCCACUGACCUAGGCUUCAAUAUCAAGUUAUUGUAUUUAAUGUAUAUAUCUGUUAUUAAAUAAUAUUGUU